CGUCGUUUUAUUAACGUAUUAACCAACCAGGAUAGGGUUGUUAGGUACUGCCCCCGUGUCGUUUUUGCUUGCCUAACCGCCCGUAUUGCCGUUUGUUGUUUUGUUUUUGAUUGUCGUCGGUGUUGUCGUGCUUGCAUCCGUGUCGCGACUCGCGAAUGACUUCAUGCGAAAAGCAUAUGUUUGUCGGUGUGUUUGUAUAGUAAGUUUGUUCGUUGGUUGCUCAUCCGCCACGCGGGUGUCAUGUCGAGGUACCCGACGCUGCGCGCUUGCGGCUACGAGCUGGACCGGACCAUCGGCACCGGUGGCUUUGGCAAAGUCAAACUGGCCACGCACACGUUGACUGGCGAGAAGGUGGCCAUCAAGAUCAUGGAUAAGACCAAACUGGGCAAAGACCUGCCGCGAGUCAAGCUCGAGAUCAGCGCGCUAAAGAACCUGUCCCAUCCCAACAUUUGCAAGCUUUACCAGGUGAUUGAGACCGAGUCGCACUGCUACGUUGUCAUGGAGUACUGUUCGGGUGGUGAGUUGUUCGAUCACAUUGUUGAGAAAAGCCGUCUCAGCGAAAUGGAGUCUCGCAUGUUCUUCAGACAAAUCAUAUCAGCUGUGUCGUAUUUGCACGACAGUGGUUAUGCGCACCGUGACCUCAAGCCGGAGAACGUGCUCUUGGACAGGGAACAAAAUUUGAAAAUAAUUGAUUUUGGUCUGUGCGCUAAACCGCAAGGCGGCAUGGACAGUUUGCUGUUGACCUCUUGUGGAUCGCCCACUUACGCUGCUCCCGAACUCAUUCAAGGGGUCAAGUACCACGGUUCGGAAGUAGAUAUUUGGAGCAUGGGCGUAAUAUUAUACGCAUUGUUGUGUGGAUGUUUACCAUUUGAAAGUGACAAUAUCGACGAACUUUUCAAGAAAAUAUUACGAGGAAAAUACAUAGAACCAGGUUGGCUAUCGUCAGGUAGUAAACGUUUGUUGAGACGUAUGCUUUGUGUGGACCCAUUAAAGCGUAUACGAAUCAGUGAGUUAAUUAAUGACCCAUGGGUUAGACUAGGAUUUGGUUGUCCACCGUCCACAAAAACUCAUGAUAUUGAUCGAUGCAAGGACAUGGAAUGUCUUGAAGCAAUUAGUCAACAUUUCGACAUUGAUAAAGAAAUUAUUUGGUCACGUUUAUCAAAGUGGAAGUAUGAUUGUGAAACUGCUACUUAUUUGUUGUUAUUAAAUAAAAAAAAAAAUGGCUCUCCGUUAGUUUUAAAGAAAAAAGAAGUACCUAAUCAACAAUCAGAACUUAUUAUAAGAAGGCCAGUUGGUCUCCACACUCCAGGCCAAGAAAACAGAAGAAUAGUUGGACGUGCUGUUCGAAGAAAAAUAGAUGAAGUGACAUCUACUAUACCUGCUAAAAUCAAAAGAAAUACCAAUGUUGAAACUCCACAAGUGCAACCGCAAUGUUCAUCUAAUUUAAGUAGUCCUGCUGGAAAAAUAUUUUCAGGAUUAGACCGUGUCAGGAAAGCAUUGACACCAAGACGUCGUAUUACAACUCCAACACGAAAACAACCUGAAAUUUUGAAUAUCAAAAAAGAUUUAUGUAAUAUAUCAACUACGGUUUGUAAGGAUCCAGAAAAGGUGAUGAAUCAAUUGGAGAAAGCGUUGGCAAUGAAAAAUGUUAUUUGCUCAAGAAAAGGUUUUGUGCUUAGGGGCAAAUUAAAAAGUGAUGUGGCUGAUAAGGAAAAAUUGAAAUUAUCUUUUGAAUUAGAAAUUUGUUUGGUACCCUCAAUGAACAAAGAAAAUUUGCCAGUUGUUGCCAUUAAACGAAAGCGACUUAAGGGUGACUCAUGGAUGUACAAAAAAAUAUGCGAAGAGAUUCUAAAUUUUACUGGAAAGUGUGAAACUAUUCCAGAAUAAAACCUUUUUGGUUUUUGACUAUUUUAUUUUUGUCUUGAAAUUAUUUUCUGGAAUUUUUUGUAUUAAAAUUUAAAUAUAGUGAUAGGUUAAGAUGCAUUAAUGAUUAUCUAGUUUACUCUACAGUAUUAUUAAUUUAAUUUGAUUAUUUCAAGAUGACAAAAUGAGUAAUAUAUUAGUAGGUACAGAUUUUUCUUCAUGUAUUAUACCUAUUUUAUUUAUUGUUUUCUUGACCGUUUAUUAUUACAAAUAUGUUUAUAAUAAAUCUUUAGGCAUAAUAUAUUUACUUUAAUGGUGAUUAAAUAUGUUUGAACUUUUCUUCAGUCACUUAACUCUAUGCUUCAACUUUUUUCUUUUGCUUUGUCUACAAUUAUUUUACAUAUUAUUAUAAAUUACAAUUAUUAUAUUGUUUUCAACAUUUAAUGGGUAGGUUUAUUAUGUGAAAUAAUAAUUUAUAUAUUAUACUAAAUGAUGAUCAAAAAUAUAAUAAUAUCUUCUAUUAAAUAGAUUUAAGUUAUUUGUACAAGUUUGAUAUACUCUGUAGCUUUGUUAUAAUUUAUUAAAAUACAAAUCUGAAUUCCAUUAACAAAAAA